CUCCGCUGCUGCCGGGCUGAAGAUCCUCACGUCCUGUUCAAACAGGCUCCGACGGGGAAACGGGGCAGAGCGCUGGUGGCCGAGCAGACCGAGCAGACCUGCACCGUCCGUCUUCCUGCUGCGAGGGUUCCAGUGCCAUCAGGGGUCAGCGGGGUCAAGUCUGAGCCGGUGUCACGUUCCAUCCCGGGGUCAGAGAGCAGGAGGACGCUGAAUGGACGGAGGAUGGGGUCGGAUGAAGCGUACAACUUUGUCUUCAAGGUGGUUCUGAUAGGAGAAUCGGGUGUCGGAAAGAGCAACCUGCUGUCCCGCUUUACCAAAAACGAGUUCAACCACGACAGUCGCACGACCAUCGGCGUGGAGUUCAGCACGCGGACCGUGCAGCUCAGCGGCUUCACCAUCAAGGCCCAGAUCUGGGACACGGCUGGCCUGGAGAGGUACCGGGCCAUCACCUCCGCGUACUACAGGGGGGCCGUCGGAGCCCUGCUGGUCUACGACAUCACCAAACACCUCACCUACGAGGGCGUGGAGCGCUGGCUGAAGGAGCUGUACGACCACGCCGACCCCCACAUCGUCGUCAUGCUGGUGGGGAACAAGACGGACCGGGAGUCGGACAGAUCCGUUCCCAUGCAGGAGGCCAAGGACUUUGCAGAGAAGAAAGGCGUGCUGUUUCUAGAGACGUCAGCUUUGGCAUCGACCAACGUGGAAGCUGCGUUCAACGGCGUCUUAGAAGAGAUUCACAAAAAGGUGAGCAGCAAGACGGUGGUUCGAGGCUCCAUUAACGCCGUCUCCCUGAGCAACUCCAGAGAAGAAAAGGCAGAGGAGAAGAAAGCGUGCUGCCAGAACAUCUGACCGGCGUCCCUCGGUAGCUCUGGCGUAAACCGGGCAACCGCAUCCCCCCUGAGGUCGCCCGGGUGACGCGGAACCCUCGGAGGGCCAAAAUAAAUGGCUACGUGACGGUAGGGUUGCCAACUCCCUGAAAAAUAAACCCGAUGGCCUUCACCCUUCCUGGCGUGGUGAUUUUUUUUAGCCCCCUUUUUUGUGAUUGAAAUGAUUUUUUAACUAUUUGACCUGAACCUGAAUUGAAUUAGAUGCAUAUUUUUGAAUGCCAUGAACACAUGGAAAACAAAUUAUUAUCCAGCAAUUCACUUUAUUACAAAAUAACAAAAUGAACUGAAUAAAAUAAGUAUCUUUCUUAAACAGAAUUGUGUUCUGCUUAACUUAAAAUUGUAUAAAUUAAUAUAAAACAAUAGAAAGAAAGCAGAACAUCCAUUCUGUAAUAGUGCACAUUUUUAGUGCAAUAACAAAAGUGCAAACAGAAAGUCUGUAGAAAACUUGUAAACAUAUUUGUUCCUCAAAGGCCAUGACUGUAAGCUACAGUUGUAGUAAAACAGAGAAAAAUAACUUAUGAACUCAACAGCUCAAUGCCAUUUUCCAUUGGCGUUUUAUGACUAUUUUUUGACUCUCACAGUAAUACAGGACAAAGUCCGUCCCUUUUCAGCUCAAUACGGGACGCAUACUUUAGUUUAUAAAUACGGGACGAUUCCGUUUUUCAAGGGAGGGUUGGCAACCCUACGUAAUGGUGGUUCGAAAUGACUGAUUUGUGAGUUGCGUGAUGGUAGGAUCAAAAGAUUGAGGAUGUGUGUGGACGAUGCAGGAAACCUGCUUCAAAUACUUAAAAGCUCUUGAUAAGAAAAGCUGCUACCUGUAAGGUUCAUCACCUGUGGAGAAAAUUAGAAAUAUGUAGAGGCCUCGUGGUUUGUGUGACGUUUAAACUGCUAGCACAUGACGGUUUCAGGGAUUUUUGGUAUAGAAGUUGCGCGUGUUGAGCGUGUCUUUGCGUGUCUUUGCGUCGAUGAGACGGACUGCAUUUGUACCGAGAAAUAAAGGAUGUAUGUAAA